AUGUCAAUAGUCUCAACCGAGAUUUCCACUACCACAAGCACUACUACAAAUACGGACAUGAUCAUGGAUUAUAUCACAGAUACAAUCACAGACACAAUCACAGACACAAUCACGGAUACUGUCACAGACACAAUCACGGAUACUGUCACGGAUACAACCACGGAUACAACCACGGAUACUACCACGGAUACUACUACGGAUACUACCACGGAUACAGCUACUGUUACGACAACAGAUACGACUUUUGAUACGAUUAUCGUGCCAACAACCAUCACAGAAGCUCCAAAUCCAUGCCCAACCACUUGUAGCAUGUCCGUGGGAACUGUGAACCUAUUCUACUGGCCAACAGAUCAGCCAGAACGCGUUUAUCCGUCCACUUAUGUUGACUCGCAUCUUGAUUACACCUUUACCUCACCAUCCGUCUACAUGGUCAUCAACACCAUCUAUGGCUACAAUACUGCCGGUCGCACAGGGCCCUCGGGUACCAGUUUAGUGUUCCCCCUCGAUUUGAAUCAAGUCUCGACCAUAGAUACCGUCAAUUCAGCUACGCGACAACUCACGCUGAAUGACCUCGGGACCGACUGUCCUCAGUCAGAAGAUCCUUCAGUAAUCGCGACGGCGGUGCCCAACGGUCGGUGUGACCCUAUCCUUGUGGCUCCGGAGACCGUCAAAUCUUGGGCUUCACCUUGCAACGCAUGUGGUAGUUUCGGGCUGUUCGAUCCACCAUACGCCGUGUCUCCGCUCGCUGGAGGUCUGGUGCCGGCGACUACGACGGUUGCAAUGACCCAGCCAGAGACUACUUCCAGCGUAGUUUCUGCCACUACAACGGUUGCGAUGACACAGUCAGAGACUACUUCCAGCGCGGUUUCCCCCACUGAUACCACCACCACGAUAUCGGUAACUACUGAGUCCACUUCUUCCAGUUCGGAGACUAGCUUGCCUGUCACGGCGUCCUCUCCGUCUAGCGUGGUGACCACAUCCUCUGACACUGAAGGCUCUACUGGUCUGGUGCCAACUCCAGUGUCAUCUAGCACUAAUAGUGCCUCCACUGCUUUAUCAUCGCCCUCUAGCUCUGUCUCUACUCCGGCUACUACUUCCGCGAUGUACAAUACUGCGACCAAAGUGACUGGGCGUGGUGGAUGGUUGCAUUUGAGCUUCUUCGCGUUGGUAUUCUUGCUAUAA